AUGUGUGAUACAUUUUAUGUAACACCUGCUAGUGAACUUGAAAAACUUGAAGAUUGGAAAAAACCAUUAGCAUUUCAAGCAGCACAUCAUCAUGAAAAUUUAAAUGUUCCUGAUUCAGUUGAAGUUGAAUGGCGAUUACGUGAUCGAAUGAAAACAGUUAGUGUUGCAUUAGUCAUGUGCCUUCAUAUAGGUGUUGAUCCACCAGAUGUAGUAAAAUCAAAUCCAUGUUCAAAACUUGAAUGUUGGAUUGAUCCAUUUUCAAUGACACCUCGACGAGCUCUUGAAACUAUAGCUGCUGAAUUACAACGUCAAUAUGAACGAUGGCAAUCAAAAGCUAGAUAUAAAUCAAGUCUUGAUCCAACACAAGAAGAUAUUAAAAAAUUAUGUAUGACUUUACGACGUAAUGCUAGAGAGGAACGUAUUCUAUUUCACUAUAAUGGUCAUGGUGUACCACGUCCAACAGCUAACGGAGAAAUUUGGGUAUUUAAUAAAAAUUUUACACAAUAUAUACCAUUAUCUCUAUAUGAUUUACAAAAAUGGAUGAGUUCACCAUCAAUUUAUGUAUUUGAUUGUUCUCAUGCCGGUGUUGUUCUUAAUUUAUUUGUUAAAUUUGCUGAACAAAUUGAUAAAGAACUUGAAGAAGCUCGACGAAAUAUAGUGCAAAGUACUUUCCCUACUUCUACGUCUACUCAUACAACAUCUCAAAUAGCACCACUUCUCCCAACAUCUUCACCUAUACAUGAUAUUUUACUUGGUGCUUGUAGUGAAAAUGAACUUUUACCUAUGAAUCCCGAAUUACCAGCUGAUUUAUUUACAUCUUGUUUAACAACACCUAUUAGAAUAGCAUUACGUUGGUAUGUUUUACAAAAAAAUAUAAGUCGUCUUAAUCCACAUAUUGAUCAAGAGAUGAUUGAUAAAAUACCUGGUACAGUCACUGAUCGAAAAUCAAUGUUAGGUGAAUUAAAUUGGAUAUUUACUGCUGUAACAGAUACAAUUGCAUGGAAUUCAUUACCAAAAGAUACAUUUCAACGUUUAUUUCGACAAGAUCUAUUAGUUGCUUCACUUUUUCGAAAUUUUCUUCUUGCUGAAAGAAUUAUGCGUUCAUAUGGUUGUCAUGUUUGUUCUCGACCAGCAUUACCACCUAUGUUUGAACAUCGAUUAUGGAAUGCGUGGGAUAUGGCACUUGAUUUAUGUCUUAAACAAUUACCAUCUGUAUUAAAACAGACAGAAAGUGGUAUACGUGAACCUGUCUAUGAGCCAAGUUCUUUUUUUGCUGAUCAAUUAACAGCAUUUUCAGUUUGGCUUGGUGAAAACUCUUUAUUAACAACAACACUUGAAAAAGAACAUUUAAAACAACCUGAACAAUUACCUAUUGUUUUACAAGUAUUACUCAGUCAAUCUCAUCGACAACGAGCACUUGAUUUACUUGCACGUUUUCUUGAUAUUGGUACAUGGGCUGUUCAUCUUGCAUUAUCAGUUGGUAUAUUUCCUUAUGUACUUCGCUUAUUACAAGCAACAAGUGAUGAUUUACGACCGUAUCUUGUUUUUAUUUGGGCAAAAAUAUUAGCAGUUGAUCGAGCAUGUCAAAUAGAUAUUAUACGUGAAAAAGGUCAUGAAUAUUUUAUUUCAACAUUAACUGAUAUUCGAUCAUCAAAUGGUGUUCGUGCAUUAGCUGCUUUCAAUUUAACUUGUUUAGUUGAUAAUUAUACGAAAGGACAGGAUGAAUUAUUACCAAUCAUGCCUCGUGUACUUGAUAUUUUCAAUACGCCAACAACAUAUUAUCAUGAAACAUCAGCUCUUUUUCUAUGGUCAACAUUAUUUCUUGGACAAGCUUGGCAUUUAAAUGCACAUGUUUGUGACAAAGCUGUUCUUUUUCGUGCACCAGAUACAUUACAAAGUUUACUUACUACACAUGAUUCACCUGAAGUUCGUGCUGCUUGUGCAUAUGCUUUAGGUACAUAUUUAUCAUCAUCAACAUCUGUUAAUGAAUUAAGUGAUCUUCGUAUUGAAAAAUCAAAAGAAGCAGCUACUGUACUUAUACGUUGUCUUCAUGAUGGUUCACCACUUGUUCGACAAGAAGUUCUUGUUGCUUUACAUCAUUUUUUGAAUUUACUUCCUCAAACAACACCUAUUGGUGCAAUAAAUAUUGCAAAUAGUGUUAAUCGUACUGGUAGUUCAUUAUGUAAAACUGUUUUUGAUAAAGUUACAGAAGCAAUACAAAAUGUUGCUUCAUCCGAUCCAUCACAUGAAAUGGUACAAUUAGCUGAAACAAUUCUUCAACAUUUACAAAAAUCUGUUAGUACAAAAUUUUUUCAAUGGUGUUGUAGUCGAUUUCGAGUAUCAAAUACAAUAACACGUGAUCUUGGAUCUGGUAUAUCACAACAACAUGGUGCUUCAUAUAGUGAAGAUGAAGAUGAUUGUUUUGCACGUAGUGGUCGUUAUUGGCGUAAUCAUUGUAUACGUUCAAAUCCUAGUCCAUUAGCUGAUUUUCAACAUAUGCGUGAAACUAUAUUUAAUAAUCGUAUAUCAAAUGCUGCUCCACUUGUUUUACGUCUUCAUCCAUAUGAAAAUUAUUUAACCGUAGCAAAUUCACAUGGAAAUUUGAAUUUUUAUGAUUUUGAUGGAACUCCACGUUCAAAUUCAACACUGAAGGUAGGUUCAAUAGGUUCAACAAUUAAUACAUUAGAUUAUAUUAAUGCACAUGAUCGAACAUUAAUUUGUGUUGGCACUGAUACUAGUGCUAUUCGUAUAUUUGAUGAAUCUACUCAUCGUCUUAUUUCAUCAUGGAUAGCUCUCUAUGAUCAACAUACACAUGGUCAUCCUUCUCAUCAUCAUCGUUCAACAACUAAUCCUCCUGCAACUCCUAAUACGAAUAUUUCUGUAUCACAAGCAAAAUUUGUUAUCGAUUGGAAUCAACAAUUAUGUCGUAUAUAUGCAUCAAGUUCUAAUAUUGAUUAUAUAUCUCUAUGGGAUGUUGAACGUGAACGUUGUUUAUAUACAAUGGAUACAGGACCAUCGGGUGGUAUUUAUUGUCUUAUAUCAGAUUCUAAUGGUUAUUGUGCAGCUGGUAUGGGUGAUGGUACAGUACGUUGUUUUGAUACACGUUCAAGAGAUAAUGCAAUAGCUAUUAUGCCAUCACCAACACAAUUAAAUCGUCAUUCACCUAUAGUUACAUUAAAAGCUGAUACACAUGAUGGUUUAUUAUCAAUUAGUAAUAUGGGACAAUUAAGACGAUGGAAUCUUCGAACAGGUAUCAGUGCUGAAUUACCUGUACCACAAACAUCACAACAUAUAUCAGCAGCUGAUAUUCAUUCAACAGGUAAUGUCGUAGCAUUAGCAACAUCUAAUGCUUUACAAUUUAAAACAUGUUUCGGUGAUUUACUUUUUGAUAUAAAAAAUUCGAAAUUUGCUCAAGUAUCAUGUUUAUCAUUUCAUCAAUAUCGACAAUUACUUGGUGUUGGUUUUAAAGAUGGUUCACUAUCAAUAUUUACUGGAAAGACAAAUUCCUCAGCUGUGUGA